GUUUUCCAGGAGUGGAAUAGCUGCACAGGACAAUUAGGAACUGAAAUUGAGGGCUGGCAUAGUUGCGCAUCUGAAGUGCCCAUCCCAAAUGCAAAAGCCAUGUCCCCUGAAGUUGCCUAAUCUUGAGAACCUGGCAGCUACCUUCCUAGGGGAGGUCACGCAGGGGUGUGAAUGAAUUGGAAAAUGCCAAGAACAUGAUGCUUCUCUGUGAGCUGCUCCAUUGGCUGCUUGUGCUUGCUCACUGCAGCAAUAAAAAGGGCACAUCCGUAGCUCUGUGCAUGCCUAGAUAGCUCCAGAAUGUGGCAUCUGCUCCUGCUCAGCCUGCUGUCUGGAGGCCUGGUCCUAACCAGUGAGGUCCAGAAUGAAUGUGCCAAGGGGGCAGCAUACUGGUGCAACAACUUAAUGACGGCUAUCCAGUGUGGUGCUUUGGAUCAUUGUGUCCAGACCGGAUGGAAUCAAGCCACCAAUGGGAGUGUCUGGAACAGAAUCACCAACGAGGACAUGUGUGCAGACUGCAAACAACUUAUCACCAUCCUUACGCGCAUGGCCAAGGAAUCAACCUUUAAGAAAACUCUCCAGAAGUAUUUGGAGCAUGAGUGUACCAAUUUGCCACUUCAGACACUUAUCCCACAGUGCCAGGACUUGGUACAGGACUACUAUGCCCGCUUAAUUGCCACUCUGGAAAAACAGCUUGACCCUAGCAUUGUCUGUGCCCAGCUGGGUGCCUGUCCCGCUGACCUACUGGGGAGCACGGAUGCCUUGGUGCUCCUGCUCACAGGGCUAGAACGGCUCCUUCCAUGGCUGCAAGGCGAGACUCGCAUCCUGCCCAGUGGCCACACACAGGAGCUCCCCCGGGAACUACUGCCCAUCCCUCUGCCUCUCUGCUGGUUGUGCAGGACCUUUAUUGGCAAGGCUGAGUCUGUCAUCCCCAAGGCUGCUAUUGGCAAAGCCAUGUCCCAACUCUGCCAUGUUCUGCCAGCAGCUCUUGCUGGCAUGUGCCAAUGUCUGAUGGAGAAAUAUACUGUAAUCAUUGUGGACAUCAUUGUGAGCAAGCUGGGGCCACGCCUGAUAUGUGGAAUGAUGUUCAUGUGUGCUGCAGAGGAAAACUGUGGUCCAGAGAGCCCUCAGGGCCUGCUGCCUGCUUCAGCUGACGGAUGUCAGAUGUGUCUCAUGAUCAGUGACCACGCGAAGGCUUCUCUAAGAGCAAACAGCACUAGGAUGGAAGUUGAGGCCACCUUGCUCACUGCCUGCAGCCGUGCCUUUCCACACUGGCAUCAGUGCAGCCACUUCAUUGAUCAGCACCAGCCAACCCUGUCUCUCCUGCUUGUGAAGUCCUGGGACUCCCGCACCACCUGCCAGGAAUUGGGUGCCUGCAGGGCUGAGAAGCCUUUUCCGAGAACCACUGCCUGUGCCCAGGGACCCAACUACUGGUGCUCCAGCCUGAGUACAGCCAGGCAGUGCAAGGCUGUACAGCACUGCCAGGAUCAUGUGUGGCUAUAGCCGAGCGAUGAGGGUCCUGCUCAAGGCAGGUCAGCCCUGCUUCUCUUACCUUGACUGCUGAUGAAGAAAAGAAUCUUACUCCCUCGGCUAUUAAAAUUAACCUCCAGGUCA